AUGAACGAAAUCAUCAAGAAAGAGAAGGGAAAAGUUAUUUUUUUCUUGCGUUUAGGAAGUGAAUUUCUUAAUUUCUUUCUUGUUUUUUUCUUUCUUUCUUUAUUUCCUUCUUGUGUCUUUCUUACUUGUUCUUUCUUUCUUUCUUUCUUUCUUUCUUUUCAGUAUCUUACUUGUUCUUUCUUUCUUUCUUUCUUUUCAGUCUCUUACUUGUUCUUUCUUUCUUUCUUUCUUUUCAGUAUCUUACUUGUUCUUUCUUUCUUUCUUUCUUUCUUUCUUUCUUUUCAGUAUCUUACUUGUUCUUUCUUUCUUUCUUUCUUUCUUUUCAGUCUCUUACUUGUUCUUUCUUUCUUUCUUUCUUUCUUUCUUUUCAGUAUCUUACUUGUUCUUUCUUUCUUUCUUUCUUUCUUUUCAGUCUCUUACUUGUUCUUUCUUUCUUUCUUUUUUUUCAGUCUCUUACUUGUUCUUUCUUUCUUUCUUUCUUUUCAGUCUCUUACGUGUUCUUUCUUUCUUUCUUUUUUUCAGUCUCUUACUUGUUCUUUCUUUCUUUCUUUCUUUUUUUCAGUCUCUUACUUGUUCUUUCUUUCUUUCUUUUCAGUCUCUUACUUCAUUUCUACCCGCUUCUUUCCACCGCACCAGCCCCGGCCUUCAUUUUGCAUCUUCAAAUGCCUUGUUGCCACAUCUACCACAGAUAUAAACAGAGAAGAAAAAAAAACUGCCUCGUCACAGUGUCCUAUGAACACCCCUAAUCAACCCGUUUUCCUACCAACCCACUGUUUUGUUCCCGUUCUGUUGAGUUCUUUUUCAUUCCCGACACAUUCUUCUGUACACGCCACUCCUUGUCAUACUAACUUGUUGUUACCUCGCUGCAUGGAAUACCCAUUUUUGUUUCUUUUUGUCUUUCGUUUACGGUAG